GCCGCCGCCGCAGCCGCGUAUCGCGUCGCCCGCAGCCCGUGCUCCGCUGCUGCUUACUAUAUACCCGUAUCGUUUACAAUUUGGAGUGCCAAGUGUGUUGUAGUAGUAGUAGUGCCGUUGUGCUGGGUGCUGUGUGUACAUAAUAAUACGCCGACUCCGAGUCGCGUAUAUUUAAGCAGUGCGUGCGUGCGUGCGUGCGUGUGUUUUUUCGUGCGUGCAUCGAUAAUAAGAUGGCGACUUGUUUCAAAAGGUCGUCGUCGAGCGACAACAGAAGCAACAACAAGUCGUCGUCGUCCUCCUCGUCGACCAGCACCGCCACGAGCAGCAAAAUUGCAUCAGCAAUCCAUCAGCAGCAUCAAGCCGCUGGCGAUGCGGAAGCAGCGGCCGUCGCUGCGGCCGCCUACGCAGCGGCCACCAACGAGGCCCGUCUCGUCGUCGAGCUCGUCUGUCCCGUGUGCCAGGGUCUGCUGCGCGAGCCGGUCAGUCUGCCCUGCGGCCACAAUCUCUGUCUGGCCUGUCUCAGGGCCAGCGUCGAGCACAGCAGCCUGAACUGUCCGCUGUGCAGGCAGCGCCUCGGCUCCUGGUUCCGCUCCACCACCAAGUCCAGCGACACGAACCUCGUCAAUCACGACCUGUGGCGGCUGAUACGCGACACCUAUCCGCCCGCCGUCGUCGAUCCGCACGACCUCGUGCAUCAUCGCAAUCAUCUUCCCCAGGUGGUGGAUCAUCAUCGUCAUCGUCAACAUCUGCACCGCGUGAUUCCGUCUGUGCCUGAUCUUAAAUCAAAAAAAAUCAGUGCAUCUGGUGAAAUUAGAAAGGAAUAUGAAGUCAAACUUCAGCAGGCCAAAGAGCGAAUGAGACAGCAGGAUGAAAUUGAACGUUUGGCUAGCGAGGCACUUAUGCGACAGAUAUACAACGAAGAAGAACAGAAAAAAUUACUUCAACUUGCUAAAGAUCAACUUUUAGCGAGAACACUAGCAAAUGAAGACAUGUACGAAAGAAAGAGGCCAGAAAGGACUGCAAAAACAAUAGCUAUAGCAAAUGUUGAGCAGUCCAAAUCAAAUGUCGGUCAAAGAAAUUCAACCAGUAAUCAUAAAAUGUCGCUGAAAGCUUUUGAUAUAAAGAAUAAAUGUGUCCCUCUCAGUGUUAAGACUAAUAAACUUUUGUCAAGUGUAAAAACAGUCAAAACCCAAAAAGAACCAGUGCCAAUUCAAAAUGUUGUUACCAGAGUUGUAACUCAUCAAUCUCGUGUUAACCAACCAAUUAACCAAUUAAGCUGUCCAACUGUGGGAGAAUUUAUCAACUCCUCCAAAAUAUACGGACUUCAAAGUAAAGAAGAAUUACAAGUACCAAAUGACAUAAUUAACUCUAAAAAGAAAAAAUUAGGAGUUGAAAUUGUUACAACAGAAGAAAGUAAAGAAAGGAUAGGUAGUGCUGAAAGUGCUGGAAGUCAUGAUAGUAUAAACCAAGAAAUUCAUCAUUUCAAACCAAUAAGAGCGUUGCCUCGCACACCAUUAAAACAUGCGUCUGAUGGACGUCAAAUCGAGCCAAAGUUGAUAAGAGUUAUACCUAUCACAAAACGAAAAUCUUCGGCUGUUCCAAAACCUCCAAUGCUUAACAGACAAAAAAAAGGACUUGGAUGUUCUUGGAGUGCUUUUACACGUGUGACAAAGGAACAGGUGCUAUUGUCCAAUGAAUUACAGAUUGGACAGCAAACAAAUAGUAAACUCGAAAUCAAAAAGACUGAUAAAGUACGCAGUGGACCGAGAUCGAGUAAAACUUUGCAAGAACUAGACGUUGCAGGCUUCGAUAGUAAUAACAAAUACUAUUCUAACAGAAACGGCAACCGAAUAGUCAACGGUACAAAAGUCAGCAAAAAAUUAAAUCUUGACGAUCCAGAAUCAUUACUUGUUAAUAAAGUGAAGGCUAACAGUAGAAAACAACCAAAUAGAGUGAAAAACGGGUUGACUACGAACAACAAAAACCAAGAUAAAGAAAUUGAGAUCAUAGACGUCGAAGAUAUGGAUUCUGAAUCUGAUACAGGUAAUCAAAACCAGGAAGUUCCGGAAGAGCCUCCUAGAGCUGAUGGGUAUGUAGAAAGAAAUCCUCGCCCUAUAGAAGAUCCUGCCAUAGAAAAUAUCGCUGACAGAAUAAAGAGAAGACAAAAUCAAAGAACUGUCAGUAACACUGAAAACUUGUCAUGUCAGGCAAUUGUUAAGAAGAAAAAAGCAUCUAAACCCAAGGCAAAAAAAAGCCAACCAAGUAGUUCGACUGAAAAGUCAGAAGCACCUAGAAAAAGAGGAAGGGCACCGUCGAAGAAUGGAAAAAAAAUUAAACCGACAACAAAAUCCACGCAAGUAAAAGUUUCAUCGGAAACCGUCGUCAAUAGUUACAUCGGUAAAAGAAUCUUCGCGAACAAACAAUCCCUUCUGGGAGAUGAUACUUCUUCUGAAUCCGAUUACCCUUCCACGGUAAAUAUUAGAGCUCGGCAAUCUUCAGCAAAUUCGUAUGCUAAUUCUUCAUCUGGUCCUUCACGCUUAUCUUCGACGCCGAAGAUAUCAUCCAAAAAAACACGGAAAACAAAGCCUGUUAAACGAAAACAGUCGAAGCCAAAGCCUUCAAAACGAAAAGAGGCGAAUCCCGAGGAAAAUUCGGAAAGACCAAGUACCGACGAAAUAAAGUCCGCUAAACGAGGUAGGCCUCCAAAACGGAAAGCGCCGAGUUCUGAGGAAAAUUUGGAAAGCCCAAGUAUUGACGAAAAUAAGGUCGCUAAACGAGCUAAGCCUUCAAAAAAGAAGGAGCUAAAUUCCGAAGAAAAUUCGGAAAGUCCAAGCCCCGUCGUAAAAAAGGCCGCUAAACAACCUAGACCUUCAAAACGAAAAGCACCUAGCCCCAAGGUAAAAUCGAAGAUUCCAAGUCCAGUGGAAGAAGUUAUUUUAAAAGACGAAGCUGAGCGUGAAAAAUUUGAUAGAGAAUUAGCAAUACAACUACAAAGUGCGUAUGAUUCUAUGGAAAGAGUGGCAAGGAGAACGAGACGUGGUGAGGCAGCCGCUGAGGCUAAAAUACUCAAAUCGACAACAUCGACGUCCAGUAAAAAAGCCAAGUAGGGAAGGGUUAAAGUCAGGAUUAAAAUGAAGAUAUUUAGGGCUCAAAGUGGUGCUAUGCGUGCUGUUGUGAUAUUGUGAAUCGGCGAUUGGCCUUUCUCGAAUAAGAUAAUAUUAAGUUCUACACGUAAAAAAAUAUAAGUCUAUAUUUAUUUUAUUUAAACUAUUGUCAAUGAAAUAGCCGCUUUAUUUAAGUUAAUUUUAUUGGUUGUGAUCUCAUGAAUUAGAUAUUAAGAUACUGCGCGAAAUUCAUGAACGGCAAACCGUAAGAAUCUUGUGAUUUUACGUCGACAUAAAAACUUUGCAUAAAAAUUAUUCGAAUUAUAUCGACUCUGUGUCAGAUUUGGAAUGAGUAUUUUCUAAUAUUAAAUACCCAAUCCAAAUUCCAUGUCACAAAAUUUGUAAAUUUACCUACAAAUAAAAUUAAUUUUCAUGCAAAGAACGUAUUAUUUACCAUCUUAAAAUAAGGGCCAAUCAACGGUGACCACUUAUCGCACGUUAGAGAAGCUUACCUCAGAACGAAAGUCAUCAAUUAUUCAUAAAUCAGAAUCUUCUUAUACUUUAUAAAUAUAAAAUCACUUUUUUAUAUUAUUAUUAUUGCAAGUUUGCAAUGUAUUAUUCAGACAGAUUGUUCCUAAUUCAUAUCUCUUUGAAUUAAGAGAUAAUUUUUAUUUUGAUUUGUGAACCAGAUCAUGUCCUACAACUAAUUUUUCUUAACAUAAACAACCAUUUUGGCUUACCAGUCAUUUAUAAUGAAUAAGCAAUUUAAUAAUUGAUGAACUUAUUUUGAUUGAUUAAUUUUACAGUUUAUUUAUCAGAGUCACGUAGUUUUGACUGUUUGACAACUAACUUGCUCGUAUUUAAUAUUUUAUUUUUUUUACAGUUGAAUUAUUGGAUUAUAUCGAAUCAUUCAAUAUUUACAUUUAUAUCUUAGAUCAAUUUAAACUAUUUCGUUAGUUUUUUUUCGAAAUUGGUUGCGUGCUUAUUUUAACUACUACUAAUGUAUCAUAAAUUACUUUUUUGAUUUAUUCAAACGAUCCCAUACAUUUAAUAGAAGAUGGUAAAUGUAUCUAUCCAAUACAGCAAAGAUAAUUCAGUCGUCAAAGUCCUAUAUCUGAACGAUCAAUUGAGAAUUCUGAUCAGUACUUCUGAAGUGAAUGAUUUUUGAAAUAGUGUCGCCUUGCAAAACAUCAAAUUCAAAUAAUUUAAUUGCUUAUAUCAACGACAAAGUCCGCGUUCUAUGUGAGAAAAACUAUUCUCAAUGUAUAACUUCAGGAAUCAAUUUAUUUAUGAUAAUUUUUAUAAAAUUUUUCUUUCAAGACGAUAAAAUUUUAACAGUUACGAAAAAAUGCCAUAUAUGUUGUACGUCCAAUUGUAAUGAGUGCACAAUCACUGAUGAGUAUUUUCAUUUGAGAGGUUCAGGAGUUUGUCCUAAACUCAGUGUCAGUCAUCGAGAUAAAGAUAAUUGUACAUAAUUAUUGAAUUCUCUAAAGAAACAAAAUAAAUGUAUUUUUAUAGCGUGCGAUUUUUAAGAUAUUUUAGCAUAAGUAUGAUUAAAAAUAGUCCUAUUUAUUAUUUACAUAAUUCUAUAUUUUUAAUUGAUUACAAGGAAAUAGAGAUUAGCUGCUUUGUAUUAUAUAGUUUAAAAGCUAAAUUCAAACUAAUCAAAUAUUAUAUGACUUUAUGAGUGUGGAUUUAUUGUUAAGUGACUCACAGAAAUCUUUAUCAAGUAAAUAGUUAUCAAUUGUAUAAUUAUGGACAAACCUCUCAUGAUUUUACGUUAAAAACACUUAACUCACUGGUAACGCCCAAUUAAUUAAUUGAUUAAAUAAAUCCUUCUACAAUUUAUUUUAAAACUAAAAAGAGCAAAGAAUUACACAAAUAUGAAGAUUGAAAUAAAUUGUAAAGUAUGAAAUUCUGUUUUGAUUCUUUGCUCGAAAAUACUGUUAAAUAUUGUACAUUUAAAUUUUUAGAUGUAAAUGAAAAAUAUUUAAAAAAGAAUUAUGUAGUUAGUAAAAAAAUGAAGUGAUCAUGACGAUCGACCCAUAUUGUAAAUUAAUUGCUCAUUUUUAAAAUGCGUGUUUAUUCUGACAUCACUUGAAAAGAAAUUAAAUUGUAUUACAUUUUUAUGUAAAUUUGAUGGAAUAUAAAUAAGUGAGCUUUAAGUUUUCUUCCAGUGAAAAAUGAAAAUAGAGACUAUAGAGAGAAAAUAUUGAAAUUAUUUAUGUAAAGAUGAAAUAAUGCACAUAAUGUGUUACUUUUAACACAGUUGUAAAAAUUUUUAUAAAAUGAUCGAAAUGAUAUUUUUUUUCCACAUACAAAUGUAAAUUUUUUGUUAAAUAUAACAUAAACAAUAACAGAAGUAAAUAAGAAACACACCUGAAUUGUCUUUAUGUAAUGAAAAUGAAUUAUACUUCAUAGCAUGAAGUUGAGUUGUAAAUAAAAAUUUUUUUAUAUACGACAAAUCCGUAUCGCUGAUUGUAUAUUAAGUUUAAGAUACACUGUAAAAAAAGCUAUGAUUUCAAGUCCGAUGACUUGAAUAAUUUCAUCGUAGAAAGAUUUAAUUUUAUAAAUAAAUAUAGUGUAUAGAUAUAAAAAAAAAACAUAACAAUCGACAAAUCGUUGUUGAAAGCCAGUUAAGAAGCAGAAAAUCAAUAAAUUAUCUGCACCAUAUCUAUUGAAAAAAA